CCUGUUCUCCGCAAGAUGGAGGGCAUCACCGAGUUCACAGAGUACGUCUCUGAAACGGUCGAUGUGCCUUUGCCUUUUGACCUCCUGGAGCCACCCACCUCUGGGGGCUUCCUGAAACUGUCCAAGCCAUGCUGCUACAUCUUUCCUGGUGGACGAGGAGACUCUGCUCUCUUUGCUGUGAAUGGGUUCAACAUCUUAGUGGAUGGAGGCUCUGAUCGAAAAUCCUGCUUCUGGAAACUUGUCCGUCACUUGGACCGCAUCGACUCAAUUCUACUGACACACAUUGGCGCUGACAAUCUCCCAGGUAUCAAUGGGCUUCUUCAGAGGAAGAUAGCAGAACAGGAGGAAGAGCAGUCCCAAGGCUCCACCAACUACAGCGAGUGGAUGAAGAACCUGAUCUCCCCUGAACUAGGCGUGGUCUUCUUCAAUGUACCAGAGAAGCUACGUAUGCCAGAAUCUAACCUCAAAGUAAAACGCAGCAUCGAAGAGGCAUCACUAACUCUACAGUACCUUAGCAAACUGGAAAUCAAACCUGAACCUCUCUUUCGAGUGUUGAGCAACACUAUUGAGCCCAUUACUCUGUUCCAUAAAAUGGGUGUGGGCAGGUUAGACAUGUAUAUUCUAAACCCUGUUAAAGACAGCAAAGAGAUGCAGUUUCUAAUGCAGAAGUGGGCUGGUAACAGCAAGGCCAAAACUGGUAUUGUGCUGCCCAACGGAAAAGAGGGAGAAAUAUCUGUUCCCUACCUGACAUCCAUAACAGCCUUAGUCGUCUGGCUCCCUGCCAACCCUGCAGAAAAGAUUGUCCGAGUGCUGUUCCCUGGGAAUGCACCACAAAACAAGAUCCUGGAGGGGCUAGAGAAAUUAAAGCACCUUGACUUCUUGCGCUACCCCGUAGCCACACAAAAGGACAUUGCCUCAGGAGCUCCUCCCUCUGUUAUAAAGCAAACCAAGUUAAAACAAAGAACAGACAGCAAGGAGAGUCUUAAAUCCUCCCCGAAAACCACGGCAAAGGUUACAAAGAAAGAACCUGAGGGACAAGAUGUUGUGUCAGCAGCCGCUGAGGUAAAGAGCGAGUCUGUGAUAGAAAAUACAUCAGAGAAAAAAGAAGAGAUAAAGCCAACUAAAACUAUCAAAUCUAAAACUGAUGUUCCAGAGAAGAAAAAACUCUUGAAAGAAAAAUCCUUAAAAAAGCACUCAAAGGAAAGGGUGUCAAAAAUGGAUGAGAAGAAGGACAAGGAAAAGAAAGAGAUAAGGAAAAUAAAGAAAGAUGACUCAGCUAAAAAAGAUGAAAAGAAAGAUAUUAAAUCCAAAGAGGACAAAAAGAAGGACACAUCAAAACCUGAGCUGAGAAAAAUUACAAAGCCUGACCUAAAACCACUGACACCAGAAGUAAGAAAGACAUUACAUAAAGCUAAAGUUUCGACUAAAGCCAAAACUGGGAAAGUUAAAGCAGCAAAGUCUGAACCUGCUGAACCCAAACCACAGGAGCUGAAACCUGCAACAAUCCAACCUGAACCUAAAGAGAAUGGAGCUGCUGAGGGACUGCCUGCUCCCUCCCCACCCGAAGACCUCACCAAGGAUUUCGAAGAACUUAAAAAAGCUGAGGUCUUACUUUUGUCAGCAGAACCACCAGCGAGUACGGACGUUUCAUCUGAGCUAACAGCAGAAGAGAAGCACGAAGCACAAGAAAACGUAUCAGAGAUUCCAGCUGGCACAAAGUCUCCUGAAAAGGAGGCAACAGCCCCAGAAGUGGAAGCUGAAAUUGAGGACAAAGACAAGGAAUCAACACAAGAAAGAGAAUUAGAGGAGGCUCAAAAGUUUGAGGAUGAGGGAGCAGCAUCUCAGGAUGAGGAAGAAGAAGAGGAGGAAGAAGAGGCCCCACCUGCCAAAAAGAAACCAGAAGAGGAGGAGGAGGAGGAGGAUAUGGGAAUAGGGGAAGAGGAGGAUGAAUCCAAAUGGAAAGAGGCAAAGGAUGAUGGACUUGACAGGAAACAUGAGCUUGAAGAAAUGGAGAAAUCAGAAACUCUCUCAGCUAAGGUUGUGACAAGAGAAGAUCUGGAGAUGACUCCACCCAGGGAGGAGGAAGAGGAAGAGGAUGAAGCAGGAGAGAAAGCGGAACUUGAGGAAGUGGAAGAUUUAGAUGUCAUAGCAGAUGAAGAGAUCAAAGUGAAACCUGAAGAUGCGGUUGAAGAAGAAAUGCUCACAGAAAGCAAAACUGCUGAAACCUCGACCACAGCUAAAUAUGAGGAAGAAGAGGAGGAAGGCUACCUGUCUCAUGUUGGAGGGGCCACAGCUCCCAUUACCUCGGUAGCUCAAGGGGCUGCUGCAGGUGAACCCAUGUCCUACAUCCAAGAUGAAACAAUCCCUGGCUACUCUGAGACAGAGCAGACCAUCUCUGACGAGGAGAUUCAUGAAGAGGCAGAGGAGAGGAUACCACACCUCCAAUAUGAUGUAGGUGCCUACGACAUCUCUGUUCCAGAUCAGACUGAAACAUUUGUAAACAUUCAUGGCAUGAGGGAGAUGCAAGCUGCAGCUCUUAGUGAAAAGGGGUUUAUCCCAGCUUUGCAGGAGCAAGUUUCUGUGUUCACAAACAUCAUGAUUGCUCCUUUGGCCGAAGAGGAGCACGUGUCUUCUGCAACGUCAAUCACAGAGUACGACAAAAUAUCCUCCUUCCCUACUUCUAUUGCUGAAGAUCACUCUGUGGCAUCUGUCACAGCACCUCAGGCUGAGGAACCACCCAAAACAUCUGAUCCCCUGUUAAGCCCGACUGAUACUACACAAGGCAAAGAGCAGCCACUCUCUGCAGGAACUCUUUCCCCACCUUCUUUGGAAGAAGACAAACAACCCAGGUCUCCAUUUGAUGACGCAUUGCCUCCUGCUGUAGAAUUGAAGGCGCUGGAUAAAGCUCAUGAUGCAGAGGAGGAAGAUGAGGAAGAAGAUGAGGAGGAUGAAGAAGACCAAACUCCUAAUGUUGAUAUUUCACUUGAAAAACUCCAAGAGGGCUAUGCUUUAUCCCAAAUAUUACAGGAUAAAGAGAGAGACAGUGAAAAGCUAGCUGGCUCAGUGUCUCCUGUUUCAAAAUCUACACAAGACAUCAAACCAGUCCACCUGCCAGUCGAAGAGGAAAAUAUAGAUGCAGUUUUACCAAAAGAUAUUUCAUCUGUUGUUCCUACCAGACCUUUUGGAUCGGACUCCCUGACCUCUGAGAGCGAGGAGCGUUGCUUCAGUCCCGAUGACAUAACUGUAAAAAUGGCCUCCCCUCCACACUCUGGCCCAUCAAGUGCAGCUCCCUCUCCAAUCCGUCAGUCACCAGUGGAAGACAAGAUAAAGGUUUCCCCUGGCAGUCAGCCUCCAGUGUCAGAGAGACACUCCUUCAUCUCAUCUGAACAACAUGAUAAAGAUGGUGGUGUUGGACUCAAAGACAAAGAAACUAAAGUGCCUGUUUCAGUUAAAACCAUCAAGGUGGAACAUGAGAAAGAAAAGGACGACACCUCUGAUGUCAAACAAUUCAAGGACAAGGAAAAACACACAUCUAUCAUUAAAGAAGAUGUUACCAUCACUAAGUCUUUAAUGGAUGAAAAAGCCGAGAGAGAGGCAGUAACGGCCGACACAUCUGAUAUUAAAACUGUCAAAGUUGAGCAAACUGCAAAGGACACUGUCACCAUUGAUAGACCAAUUCAAGAUGAGCCUCGACAAGACCAUAUUCCUGAAGUCAAAACUUGUAAAGCAUCAGAGAUCAAAAUAAUUGCUUCUGAGGCCAAAGAAGUUAAAGAUGAGCAGGAGCAAAAAGAGGCAAAACAAGAUGACGGUUUUGACUUUAAACCCAAAGGUGAGGUUGAGGAAACAGAUGUUCAGAAGGACGAUGUGUCUGAUAGUAAUAUCUUGAAAGAAGAAGGGAAGAAAGAGGCAGAUACAAUUGAUUUUAGCUCUAAAAAAAAGGCUGAAGAAAAAGAGAUAGAAAAGGCCAAUGCCACAGAUAUAAAGGAGCAAGAGGCAAAGAUGGAUGAUAUGCCCAUUAUUGAGCCAAAAGAUGAGGAGAAGAAAAAGGAGACAGAAAUAUCUGACAUCAAGUUGAUUGAAGAUAAGAAACAGGAGAAAGGGAAGGAAAAGAUCGAUUUUUCUCUUGCCAAGCCCUUUACAGAUGAGAAGAAGGAAAGCGAGAAAGAGGUGCAUGACAUCACUGUUACUAAACUCCCAAAAGAAGAAAUCAUGGUUAAGGAUGGCACAUCUGCUGUUACCAUGAAAGAAGAAAAGGAGCAGGAGAUUUGUAAAGAUGCUAUCUCAACCGUUAGCCUCAUCAAGGUCGAGGAAAAGGAUGUGUCGGUGAGUAAAGAUGAGAUUCUGGUUGCCAAGUCAACCAAAGAGGAAGAAAAAGAGAAAGAGACAGGCAAAGAUGGUAAAGUUGAUACUGCCGCUAUAAAAGGUACAGAAGAAGAGGAAAAAAAUACAAUUUUAAGCAAGGAAGAUGUAUCUGCUGGCAAACAAACACUUGGAGAGGAAAGUAAAGAAGAUAGUUCUCACAUCAAACUUAUCAAUAUGGAGGAAGAGAAGUUAAGUAAAGCUGAUGGUGAUUUAUCUGCCACAUCAACAAAGGUAGAAGCAAAGGAAACAGUUGAAGAUGCUGUCAAACCAAUCAUAGGAGAAAAGGAGCAAGAGACAAGGAAAGAUAAAGAUGUCAUUGCUGUCAAACUCGCUACGAUGGAGGAAGAAGAUGUAAUAAUUUCCACUGUCAAAACAUCCGGGGACGAAACAAGCAAACAGGCUGACAUUUGCGCUGAGAAAAAAGCAGAGGAAGACAAACAGAAAGCAGUGGAUGAGGACGAAAGCUCUGAGCGAGGAGCAGUGACAUUUCAGAAACACACAUUACCAAUUAAGGAAGAAUUGUCUGAGAUCAAACCCUUCAUGGAGGAAGAGGGCAAAUACAGCCCUGAUGGAACACCACCCAAAGAUGAGGAGAAGAAGACUGAGGUGAAAGAAGAUACAGCACAUGCAAAACGUAUCAAGGAAGAGGUAAAAGAAACACCAAAACAAGAGGAAAUGGAAAAAGAGAAAGAAAAGAGCAGUUUAUCUGAUUUGGUAUGCAUUAAAGAACCGAAGGAAAUGGAUAUCGAUGAUAAAAAAGAGGUGGAAAAAAGUGAAAUUCCUGACAAACAAAUAAUAACAGAGGCAGCUAAAGAGCAGGGUGAUGUCCCUGACCACAAACCCAUUUUUGAGGAACUUAAGCAUAAGGAAUCUGAAAAGGACAUUGAGAAAGAGUCCGCUGAGCAGCCCGAGGGUGUGAAGGAGAAAGAGCCAACUAAGGUUGAAACCAUCGAGGAGGAAAUGAAAGAUGAACAGGAGAUGCAUACUUCAACAUUUAGUACCAAAGAUGAGACAAAAGAAAGACAUGAUUAUCUUUUUGAGUCAGAGCCGAAGAGGGAUGAUAAAAAAGAGGUAGAUAAUACCUUGGAAGAUGAGAAGACUAAAAAGGAGGAUAUUUGUGACAUUAGUGAUACGCACAAAACUUUUGGUGCUCCAUCAAUAGAAAUGCAACAAGACCCCUCUGUAACCAAAUCAGGGGAAGACCUGAAACCAGUGACAGAUUACAUGUAUAUGACUCCCCAUUACAUCCAGGAGGAGAAAAAGGAACAAGAUAAAGAAGCAGAGGUCAUUAUUAGUCAAGAAGAGAAGAUAGAAAAAGAAAAAGAUGACACGCAUGUCGCUGAACUGAGCAAAGAACAGAAAAUGGAAAAAGAGCAAGAGAAAGAUUAUAGUUAUGAGACUGAAGACAAUAAAGAUGAAAAGGCCAGACCAGCAGAAGAGGAAAAGAUGACUAAAGAAAAAUAUGCUGCUGACACAAAAAUGGAUGAGAUCCCAGAAAAAGAAAAGUUUGACUCCGCUGAUGCAGAUCAGACCAAAGAGGAGAAAUGGGAGAGAGAGGAAUUACAGGAGAAAGACAAGGACAAAACCAUUAAACAACCUGCACAACCAGUAUCAGGAGACACAGUGACAUCCACGUCAGAUUUCAAGCCUGUGUUUGUGGUUCAGUCCUCUGAUGAAGACAGGGAAGACGAAGAGGAGGAAGACAUCUGUAUGGGAGGAGCUGGCUCUAGACCUUUGUCAGUGGAGCCAAUGAAAUCAGAGCAUGACAUCUCCUCUGCAGAUCUGCCUUCAUACGAUACUGCACUAACAAGUGACCAAACUAAGCCACAACCAUCACAACAGAUAGUGAUCAUUCCUACUCUCACAAUGCAGGAGCCCUCUAUUGAUGAAGACGUCAAAGAGUCUGACAAAGAAGAAUCCAGAUUUCUACCUGAGGCAGACAAAGAUGCUGUGAAAUCCGAAAUCACACCUGCGCCUCUCGCUAAGCCUGAGUCCUCGUUUGAUAGUGACACAAAGGAGGAGACGACCUUCAUUCCAAAACAAGAACCAGUUUCUCAUAUCCCAGCUGCUAAAACAGAACCAGUGUUAGACCUGACCGAGAAAAUCCCUACGUUGUCAACAGUAUCAAGCAGAGACAGUCAACCCAGGAGCUGUACACUCUCAAGCACUGAGAGCCAGUCCAGUGUGGAGGAAGUACCUGAACAAGAGAAACCGAUUAAAUCUCAGUUGAGUCCAGGAGUUAAAGCUACAGAAAAGACAAAUCCACCUGAGAAACCAGGGAAGGAAGCAGAAAGGGAGAUGGAAGGAGAACGAGAGGUGGCUUCUCCAGGAUUUUCACGGCCUUGUGCAUAUUUUAUGUUGGACAAAGAGGAGGCUGAGGAUUCUGGACACACUGUUGCUGUAAAACUAGACACUGCAAAAGUGGAGAGUGGCCAAAAAAUAACCUCUGAGAUAGAGAUAGGCAGUGGGAGCCUACAAGACGAAGAGCAAACAUUUGGUGCAUCAAAGUAUGAUCCAUAUGAAAAGCCCAUCCCAAAAGAUCACGAUCGAGACUCUAGAGAAGAGAGUGAAGUUUCUUUAGGUUUUGAUCACACCUCAGAUAUUGAUAUUGAUGAUAACAGAAGAACAAGCCAGGCAGAGGCUGGAGGAGCCAUGUUUCUCAUUGAUGAUGAGUACAAAGAAGAGCCUCUUUCCUUUAGCAGAGUUGACUACAGCCCAGUGUCCCUCACAGAGAGUGAAAGGAGCAGUCACCAUAGUCCAAGCACCUCCCCGAAAUAUGAAGACAGAGAGAAAGGCCAAGAGGAGGAGAGUGAGAGAGAGGAAAGACCAGAUACUCCUUAUGUUGACAAGAGCUUUUCAACCAUAGACCUACAGGACAACAAAAUGUCCCAAGCUGCUGAGUUUUAUUCCUUCACUCCCAAAGAGGACAAACCGGAGAAAUCUGAGAAAGAGAAAGAGGAAGGUGCUGCAGCAGCAAUUCAACCUGGGACGACAGGAGGAAGCGCAGCUGCAGCUGUUCAAUCGGCAGGCUUACCUUUAAGACAAGAAGUACCCUCUCAUUCAUUGAAGGAGUCAGAUCUUGGUACCCAAGCUUCAGCUCCCCCUGUCGCCUUUGGAGAAUUCACAGAGAAGGAAAAAUCUACUGAGUCACUGAAAUUGAAAAUCAUGUCCUCUGAACAUGAAAGAGAAGGCUCGCCAUCUGGUCGGCACUCACCAGCAGAAAAAGACAUUUUACCUCAACCAUCACCUUUGGAGAGAGUGGAAACAUCCGCUGACUCAAGGGCUGCCCCUGCUACCAUGUUUCUAGGUCACGGAAUAGACGAUAAUGUUCUUGCCUCUGAUAACAGUCAAAUUAGCAUCUCCGCCACUUGUAGAUCCAUGUUAGACUUUCCUGAGGGAAAAGAGAGCCUGAUAGAUCAACGGCUACUUGUAGAGGGGGAAGAUUUUGAUGAUGAUGAUGAUGAUGAUGAAGAGGAAGAUGAGGAGGAAGAAGAAGAGGAAGAGGAGUUAAGUGAUGUAGAUAUGGAAAAGGGGGCAAGAGAGCAGUCUGAAAAAGAAAUAUGCAGAUGCAGUCCUGAUGGUAGUGCCAAGUUAGCUGAAACAGAGGACUCAAAUAAAAAAUCUCAGUUGCCUGAAUCAAGCUCCCUUAAGGAGGAAACCACGUGUAAACCAACACCUGAUGGUGCCUCCGCUUCUAAAGUUGUAGAGACCGCCAAGCAGGAUGUAAGUGAGAAACCACCAUCUCCUGAUACAAAACCACUCAAAGAAGAGGAUAGACCUGGCGAUACAGCUACAUCCAAACCUCCAGAGACAAAGAGUGAAGAUGCAGCAAAAACCUCUCCGUCACAGGGCCCCAGUGCUCAUAAAAUGGAUGAAAUCAGUUUUGCUACACCUGCUGCCCCGAAACUUACUGAAACAAAGGAAGCAGAUGAUCCAGACAAAAAGCAUCUAUCCCCCGAACCAAUCACAAAGAGAAGGUUGUCAUCGUCAGAGGACAUAACCUUCUCUGAACUACUCGAGUCUUCAUCUCCAAGCUUUAUGUCAAAGGAAACUUGUCAAUCAAAGUCCACAAGCAGCUCGACAGGCAUCUCUUUGCAAACUGAUCAUUCAGAGCCCAAGCCUUCAUCUAGUCCCCCCCCUCCACUAACAAGCAGUUAUGCUGAUAUCGGACAGAGCAGAUCUGGAGGUUAUUCUGAGCAUUUGCACAGUGAGCACAGUCAAGCAGUACAGAAAGACGAUAAGACACAAACACACAAGUUCUCAGAUGACGCUAAGCUAUCCAAGCUAGUUGAUGAUAAAUGUCGCGACCAAAGAGACAUCCAAGAAAAAAGUCAAGAUGAGAGGCAGACCUCAGAUAUCACCGCGAAACAUGAGGAAACUACCUCAUCAGGUUGCACAUACAGCACAUUAACAUAUUCUCCCACAACAUACUCUUCCACAUCUUAUAGUUACUCGUCUUCAGCCUCAACUGAUGCCCCUUUUACCAAAAAGCUUGGAGAUAAAGUUGAAACUCUCACUACAAUAUCGAGCUCUGAAGUACCUCUACUCAAAGAGGAGCGGUCCUGCACGAAAGCAUCUACAAGCUCAUGCUUUGGAGGAUUUCAGAGAGAUGAGUACAUGGAGGUGACAAUGAAACCUAUAACAAAAGUUUCUUUACUCAGUCAGGUUGAAGAGACCACACCAUCGUCUCCAGUCCAGUCUGCCACUGCCAAACAGACUGAGGAUCAUAUCGACUCUGCAAAGCCGGAAAGUCAAGUCACGGAUAGUUUUUAUACGCUAGAAACAAAGAUCACAACAUCCACCACAGUAACAUCUCUACAGUGUGCUGAACCGUUGAAGAUGACAGAGAGCUUAUCCACAUCAGAGGCUCGCUUUGACUGCUCUCCCCUCCAGAGGGCUGACUCCUCUGAGAGGGGGUCCCAAGGGUCAGCAGAACAUGAGGAGCCUGAUACACUUGAAAUUAAGGACAGCACCCUACCAAGUCCUAUUGAAUGUCAAAAAAUCCAAGUGGCUGAGCAAAAAGAGACUUUUUCAUCAAUAACGGAGUCAAGCGUGGUAGAAAGCACCACACACGCCGCAGAGACUAAGACUGUCACAAUCACCCAUACAACUGUUGUGUCUAAACCUGACGUGGUGUCGUCAACCCAACAGACAGCCUCUGUUACUCCACUGAGUGAUAGUGGAGCCAGCAAAACCUCAUGUGCCGUAACAGAAGUGUCCAAGACUGAGAAGGAUAAAGAGAAAAGUGAGGAAAAAUCGGAGUCAAAAGAAGAAAAAAGAAAUGGAGCUAUUCAAUUUGUGAAGGAGGAUGCCAAGGUUAGAGUAGGAGAAACAAGUGAGGGAGAUCAAAAGACUGAGCAGAUAAAAGAGGAAAAGAAAGUAGAAGUAAAGACCUCUAAAGACAGCACAGAAGAGAAGAGUGCUACAGCUGAUACAAAGAUGUGUGAAAAAGCAGAUGGUGGGGAGGAAAGAGAGGCAGAAAGAGGAGAGGAGAGAAGCCUGUUGGACAAGCCACCAGAGAGAUUAGAAAUUAGAAGAAAGAGUAGUAUAUCUGAUUGGGAGCUACUACAGAGGCCUGAUGACUGCCCAAGUGCCCCUCCUCCAGGAUAUGGUGAUGAUGAUGAGGAAGAGGAAGUAAAGGAAGAGAUGGAAUGGAUGGCCAGUGCCCACAGUACCUCUAUAUCCUCUUCAAAGGAUUCUCAUUUCACAGUGCCAUCGAGUGAAGGAGCAAUUAAGACUGAUCGUCCCACGGACUUGAACACCGGUGCCACCUCCUUUUCUGCCUCCCCUCCAGGUUACUCCUCAUGUGAGUAUAAACAUCGCAAAGGAGAACUGUCUCCAUCGUUCAUCAACCCCAGUCCUCAUCAGCUCUCCAGUGACGAGGGUGAGGAGGACGGCUGCAGUGACCCCUUGCAAGACGGGGACGAGGAUGAUCAAGAGCAGCACUCUGUGAAAAGGAGGUCGGCCAAGCAGAGGCACCACCACACUCAGAGUUCCCAAGCAGACACUGUUCAGGGGGCAAAUCUUUCUGGGCCCAUGUCAUCUGGUUUGGCUGUGACGUUAGCUGGAGAGGAAACCCCUCCCACAUCAUUGAGCGAAUCGCUGUCGUCACAGUCGGACUCAGACGUCCCUCCAGAAACUGAGGAAUGUCCAUCCAUAACAGCUGAAGGAAAUCUGGACUCAGACGAAGAUGCUGAACAUCUGCCUGUGGACAAAUCAUCUGCAUCUGGAGCUGGAGGAGGUCACCAUCCUCCAUCACCACGAUCUGCUCAGAGGAGUCAUGAUCCCCUCCCCACUCCAAUGAAGGACUCUCUUCCUCAUCCUCCCCACCCAGAUGUGUGCAUGGUGGAUCCAGAGGCUCUUCUUAAUGACCACAGCAGCACAGAGAAGCUUCUCAAGAAGGAGCACAAGACCACCAAGGGCCUCCGAAAGGGUAAACCCAAGUCUGCCUCUCCUUCUCGUAAGGGAGAAGUCAGGAAGAGGUCCUCUACUCCAAUGAAGCAGGCUAAGGACUCUGCAUCACCACGAUCAGCCUCCCUCAGGAGGAAGGACACAGAGCGAAGCUCCCGGCUGAUUAAGAUGUCUGAGAGUCAAGGCUCCAGGACCGAGGUCCUCAAUCCAGGGAAAGGCUCGGUCAAUGGUGUCAAGAGCAGUAACAACUCACAGAAAACAAGCUCAGCCGUCCCAACUGGGCCACCUGUCUAUGUUGAUCUGGCCUACGUGCCUAACCACUGCAGUGCAAAGAACGUGGACCAGGAAUUCUUCAAGAGAGUUCGGGCUUCUUACUAUGUGGUGAGCGGGAACGACCCGGGCAGUGGAGAGCCAAGUCGUGGGGUCCUGGACGCCUUGCUGGAGGGCAAGGCUCAGUGGGGCUCCAAUUUACAGGUGACUCUGAUCCCAACCCACGACACGGAGGUGACCCGGGAGUGGUACCAGCAGACCCACGAGAGGCAGCAGGACCUGAACAUCAUGGUUCUGGCCUCCAGCAGCACCGUAGUCAUGCAGGACGAGUCCUUCCCCGCCUGCAAGAUUGAAUUCUGAGUUUCAUGAACCCUGCUCUGCACCCUAGAACUUUUGUUUGUUUUCGUCAGUGAGUUAAAUGCCUGCCCUAACACACGUUUCAAACUAAGACUAAAGAUGGUAGUAAACAAGUUAAAUCAUCCAGGAAAUAGGCGAACAUCAUCA